GCAGGUCUCAGGCCCAGGGUGUGUCUCCGUACGACUGUGUCGCCCAGUUCCGGCGAUGGUCUCUACCAGAUCGUUCUGACUGACUCCGAUGGCUGUCCAGCAGGCGGGUCCACCGUCAUCUCUGAACUAAGAGGACAUAAUGGCACGGUCAAAUCCGAUCCUUCCAGUUGUUCGCUUUGCCGGUCAGAACACUCUACAGAUCGUCUGCUCCUUCCAGUUCUGCUUCACUCGGGAGGACGUGCUGUGCACUGAUCGAUGCAAUACCAGGAGAAUGGCACGUCUGACCACCACUAGUUACUGGGACACCACCACUUACGACUACUGGACCUCCACCUCGCCCUUGUACCGCAAGAAGCGAGAAGCCAACUCAACUGAGUUUGCCACCGCACAGGUCCAGAUCAUAACAGAAUAUACCACCACGGACACAAAGCAGACUGCCAGCAUGGCGGCUACAAACACAGUUGGUCCCAUUACCUUGGCAAUGCUUCUGAUCCUGGCAACGCAAUAUCAUCAAUAGACAGCUUUAAAGUAUUUCCAGCGAUGUGAACUUUCUUCUUUAGAGUAUAUUCAGCCAGUAGGUGAUGUUCAUGACACUGCCUGACUAUAGGAAUAUUUUGGAAUGUUUAUCCACAAUAUGACAUUGUUUUAUUUUUAGCGCAUAUAGUCUGACUACUUAUAUCGUCUGUGUAUAUCGAAUAUAAAUAAUAUAUAUAAAGAAUAUGAAGAGUUGACUACAUAUGUCUCUUUUGUAUAAUUGACCUACAGACAGAGAAUUAAUUGUCUUUUUUAUAAGUAUAGUGCAUAGAAAAAUGUUGCUUAUUUCUUAUUCUUGUUGUAUAUUGUGUUUACGUGUAUCAGACAUUUUCUUAGAAACAGUCAAACGCUUUUAACAAAAUAUCUGUACUAAUGUAUUUAACAUAUUGAAUAUAACUCGAUAAUAAAAAUAAGUUAUAAAUCAGAAAAGGCAAGCAAAGAAUGUUUUAAGGAGAGUGGAUAGAAAAGGUAUGAAUAAUAAAACUAUUGACAACUCA